AUGACUACACAUCGACAAGGUUUCCUUCAGCGACGCGAGGCCGACCUUCAGAUAGAACUUGCCGCCGCAGAGAGGCGUUUAUCCGAGCAAGUCAUGCGUUACGAGAUGAUAGAAGGCUAUCUCCAGGCGCUCUGCGAUCUGAAAAUCGACGAGAUGACGGGAGACGACAUGAAGAAGUACAGAGCUCUGAUGAUGAGAGAAGAGGGGAGGAAGGGCAAGAAUAAAGGGAUUUCCCACUUGCCACGCGAACUGCGUGAAUUAAUAUACGCCCACGUCUGGGACGACGAGUACCUCGAUCUAGCGACAGGUUACAUGGUUCCCGAUGCAGAGAAGAGUUAUUUUAUCUGGACAAACCCCCAUCUAACAUGGCGUCGUGACAAGCCACCCCAUGUCAUCAAUCCCGCAUACGUUGACCCGGUUACGGCCGUAGAAGCCCUGGCAGCGUACUACCCCGCCUCCGCCCACAGCAAGAACGCUUUCGUGAUUAGAUGUACGGAAAGCUUGCAGCUGGACACGCUGGACGCGCUGCUCAACGACGAUGUAUCUAAACUCGGUUUACGACCAGCAGACCAUCUUCGAGCCCUGGAUCUACACCUUACACAAGAGCACCCAAUUAGGCAUAAACCAGCGACUAUCGACCCAGAUGGAUUGAGUAAGCAAUUCACCUACAUUUUUGACGCUAUAUCCCGCAAGAGAGAUUUCAAACUCCGUAUCACGUUCAUGCAGUUCCAAAUCCGCCUCAAGCAGUGGGAACAGCUCUUCCCCGUUCUUGUCCCUUUCUACCAUGCUUUCCGGACUGAAGGAGCAGAUGUUCGUGUAUCAUUCAGUCACACCGAUUCAGACUGGUAUCGACCGCCGAUCCGGUGCGAUUAUGAUCUUGAAGAGAUUGUCAAGGUGUGGACUCCAGAGUUGGAGUGGAAAGGAAAGAUGUUGGAGUUUUUCGAGGGAGCAACCUACCGAGUUUGCCCGGCUUGGGCUAGGCAGUAUCGUUAUGAGGACGAAGAGGAAGAGGAAGAUGAGUGGACAUCAGAUGAUUCGGAUGAAGAUGAGUUGGAUGAAGAUGCGUUUUAUUCGGAUGAGCUGGUUGAAGAUGAGUUUAGUUUUAGAAUAUGA